AUGGAGGUUCUAGAGAGGGAGGGCCACAGCGGUCCCCCGUUAGUAGACCAUCUGCCGAUUCCCGAAACGGAGGAGCUGCUGCUGCACCCGCCUCCCGACUUCCACGCGUCGCACGACGGCGCUUUCUCCCCUUAUUCAGUGCGCUCUCCGCGCUCUCCGCAGCUACAGCCGCACUCUUCCCCCCCCGCCAGGCGCGCGCGGGGAUCGCGCGGUCAGUAUAGCGAGAUUAGCGAGGAGGAUUAUAGCGAGGAUGAGGACAACGAUGGGGAUAGCCUUUUGGAUCCGUCAGGGAAGCGAGGGAAGCGACGUCGACCGUUCGAUUUGGAUUUAGAUCGACCGCUGGGGCCUAGUUCGCUCCCUUACCCCUUUUCCCUCCUCUCCUCGUAUUCGUCUUCGUCGCUCGCGUCGCUCUGCUCCGAUGCGAUUUGGCUCAGAUGGCCUGUAAUCGCAGCCGUUGCAGUAAUCAUCCUCGUUAUAAUCUUCCUCACUUCCCCUGCAGCAGUGUCCCCCACCACAACUACACCCCCAUCGGACGGCUCAGAUUCUUUUUAUCCGUCUGAUCUGGACGGCACAGGAACCGGCUCAUCGCGAGAACCUAGAGGUUACCAUCCGUUACCAGUCGACUCGUUUAAAGGCGUAGACGCGUCCACUCUAGAUCCGUCUACGUUACCGUCAGGCGGACGGGGAGCGGGUGGAGGUGAUUGGGGAACCGGCGCUGGCGGAAACUGGGGUGGCGGAAAACCGGGGGAAGACCCGCAAGAGGGGCUGUAUCCGGACGCUAAGCCUGCGCGGGGAGGGGGAAGAUGGGGGAAAGCGGGCGCGGGGGCAGGCGCGGGCGGCGGGGGACAUUUGGGUGAAGAGGCGGCGGAAGUGGAGGAUUAUAGGGACUCCGCGGGGGUGGGGCGGGAGGGGGAGGUGGUGGGGGAGGAUGCCAAGAAGAAGAGGAGCCGACUGGAUGACGAGGUGGUGACGUGGCGAGGCGCGCCGUGGAGAUUCGACGUUGGUGAUUGGCUGAGCAGCUGCAAUGGGGAGUCGGGGGUGAUCAAGACCGUGGAGGUGGGUGCGGGGGGGAAUAAGGAGGGAGGUGGGACUGGGGGAAGGGGAGGGUGCGGGAGGAGGGCUUCGAGGGGAGGGAAGCAAGGGGAAGAAUGGGAUUGGGUGAAGGUGCUCGAGGGGCGGACUGUUCUCACAUGGACGCGCAUCCCUGCUCCUCCCCACCCACGUCUUCUGCGGGAGUGGUGGGCGGGAGUGCGUGGGCGUGUGCGGGCGAGUGCGACCUGCACUCGGGCUUGUGCUUCUGUGGCGCUGCCUCGCUCUUCCCCCUCCGCCCCGUCCCUGACCCCUGCGGCUUUGCCCAUGACUUGUGAGUGGACGGGGGGAGUGGUGGGCGGGAGUGCGUGGGCGUGUGCGGGGGAGUGCGACCUGCACUCAGGCCUUUGCUUCUGCGGUGCUGCCUCCCUCUUCCCCCUCCGUCCCGUCCCCGACCCCUGCGGCUUUGCGCAUGACUUGACAGCAGCGGUGGACAGAACGAGAAAGGACACGGAGGCCCUGUAUGCCAACACCACGCACUACCCCGGCUGCAGCUGGUGCAACACACGUGUUCCCCCUCCCUCCAUCUCCUCUCCUCCCCUCUCCCCCCCUCUUCCCUUCCUCAGAGCAGCAGCGGUGGACAGAACGCGAAAGGACACGGAGGCCCUGUACGCCAACACCACGCACUACCCCGGCUGGUGCAACACCCGUCCUGAAGCAGUGGGGGUGGGCAUGGGCGGCAGCAUGGCGAUGGGCGGGGCGGAGCCGCGGGCGCGGUGCACGUGUGACUAUGACGGGGCGGUGGGGGCAUUCUGUCACGUGCCUGUGGCGGCCUUCUGUGUCAACCAGUGCUCGGGGCACGGCACGUGCAUACGAGGCCACUGCCAGUGCAACGAGGGCUGGUUCAGCGUUGAUUGCAGCGUGCCCUCCCAAGCCACAUUCGCCGACCCUCAGCUCCCGGCCUGGCUGCAGCCCUUCGACCAGGCCAAGAGGGGGAGACAGGACGAGGAGGACGGGGAGGGAGAGGGGGAGACAGAAAAAGAUGCGGAGGGAGGGGGAUAUGGUGGUGAGGGUGCUGCUGAUGGUGGGAGAAACGCUGCUGGUGAUCGGGCAGGUGCAGGGGGGGCAGGGGGGGCAGCAGGGGGAGCAGUUGGAGCAGGGGGGCGGAACGAGGUGGUGAAGCGGCGGCCGUUGAUCUACAUCUACGAUCUACCGCCGCAGUUCAACAGCAACUUGCUGCAGGGCCGGCGCGGCAAGAAGGAGUGCGUGCCUCGGCUGUAUGAUCGCCUCAACCGCACCGCCUUCCUGCCCGACCAUAUCCACGGCAUGGAGGUACGUAGGAUCGCCCUGCACGAGGCGUUGCUGGCAAGCAAGCACCGCACGACCAACGCGGAGGAGGCGGAUUUCUUCUUUGUGCCCGUCUACGCCUCCUGCUUCUGGCUGCGCCUCACCAACGGGGGAGAUGCUUCCGGCAUCCAGCUCCUGCCGCACGUGCAGGGCAGCUGGGCGUGGCACGUGGCAGAGAUGUACUCGGCAGUGCACCGCCACAUCGUGCAUGCCUACCCCCACUGGAACAGAAGUCGCGGCCGCGACCACCUCUGGCCCAUGGGCACAGAUGAAGGGGCUUGUUUGGCCCCUCAAGCCAUCUGGCACGGCAGCAUGCUCACGAGCUGGGGCAACAGCAUGGCAGCUCACUCCCACUCAGUCAAGGCGGCACCGCAGCAGCGGUGGGACGACAUACCCCUGACGCUGAGGGGCGGCCACCUGUGCUACUCCGCUGCCAAGGAUAUUGUGCUGCCAGCCUGGCUGCCGCCCAAUGUGAAGCACCUGCAUGAGCAGUACUGGCUCAGGUCAUUUGAGGAGAGGGAGCACCUCUUCUAUUUCGCUGGUGACUUAGGAUCUGAGUACAAGGGGGGCUCUCCUGAUACCAGGUUCAGCUUCGGCAUUCGGCAGGCCGUGGCUCGAGAAUUCGCCUCGGUGCCAAAUAACAAGGGGCAGCUGGGGUCGCAGCAGGAGGAGGGGGUGAUUGUGACGAAUGAGAGGGGCAAGGGGCACAGCGCUCAGCUGGGCAACGCCCGGUUCUGCGGAGUCUUCCCCAGCAAUGGCUUCAAUGCUGACAUGGAAGAGGCGAUGAAGCAUGGCUGCAUCCCUGUCAUCAUUCAGGACGGCAUCCACCUGCCAUUUGAGAACGCCUUGGAAUAUGCUUCAUUCUCAGUGCGCAUAGAGGAAAGGGACAUUCCCAACAUGCUCACAAAGCUCAAGGCUAUCACUGCGGAGCAUGGGAGUGCGCUGCAAGGUACAGUGCAGAAGGUGUGGCAGCGGUUGUCGUACCACUCGGUGAUCGCACAGGAGGCCAAGAGGCAGCAGGACGAGUAUGGACACAACGAGGCAUGGGCUUUUGGCAUCAGCUUGCUGAAAGACGACGACGCCAUUGAUACACUCAUUGAGGUGUGUAUUGCACCUUAG